ACUUGCUAACCAGUUUCUGAGGAGAACGGCUAACGCUCCUGGAUUAGCUAGCAGGACGCUAACGUACAGUUUUACCUGGAAUAUUUUAUACAUUUUAUUGUUUUUAAUUGGCACGGGUUAAAUGGUUAUUCGGUUUAAUGUGAAUGAGUGAUGUUUUAGUGAUGAAGCGGCAGGAAUUUUAAGAGAAACCGGAGAAAAGAGACAAAACAAUGAGAGGAAUUUAAAACUGAAUUGAUUUAGAAAGGAGCGCGCGACCGGGAGAUUUUUUUAUAUCCAGUUAGCUAGCAUGCUAGUCGGGAAACCAGCCUAGCUGUUUAGCUAGGAUUCCCCCCCUUUACGUUUAUACAGUAUUGUUUUGUUUUUGUUGUAAGUUUUUAUUAUUAUUUCCCCCGGUGUCGGUUUGAUCCGGAUGGCGCCGCAGAAGUACCCGGGGCAGGUGGUGAGCGCUGCUGCGGGCGGUAGGGCGAGCGGAGCGGUGUGUGUCUCCGCCGGGAGCUCGGUCCGGAACAAGCCCAGGAUGGAGCAGGUCCAGGCCGACCACGAGCUCUUCCUGCAGGCCUUCGAGAAGCCAACACAAAUAUACAGAUUUCUGCGCACGAGAAACCUGAUCGCUCCGAUUCUGCUACACAGAUGCCUGACUUUCAUGUCUCAUAGAAACUCUCGAACAAACGCCAACAGGAAAUCAUUUAAAGUGGACAACAUGCUGGCGAAGGUGGAGAAAAUGAAAGGAGAUCAGGAGUCACACAGUUUAUCAUCGCAUCUGCAGCUGACCUUUACUGGAUUCUUUUAUAAAAAUGAUAAGCCGUGUCAGAACUCAGAAAACGAGCAGAACUCAGUCUCUCUCGAGGUGUUACUCGUCAAAGUCUGCCAUAAAAAGAGGAAGGACGUUAGCUGCCCCAUAAAGCAAGUGCCUACGGGGAAGAAGCAGGUGCCUCUGAACCCAGACGUGAAGCAGACGAAGCCGGCGUCGUUCCCCACGCUGCUCGUCUCCAGCACCGAGUUCGAACCCAGCAACAGCCACAUGGUCAAGUCCUACUCGCUGCUGUUCAGAGUGUCUCGGCCCGGGAAGACACACUCCAGCUCCUACGUCAACGGGGAGACGGACGAGAACAUGGAUGUGAAGGAGGACCUGUCGAGCAGAAAGAAGAGGGGCGUGUCUCACCGCGACGACGAGGGAAACGCCACCGAGACGUUUGUCGCUCAGAUGACCGUGUUUGAUAAAAACAGGCGUCUCCAGCUGCUAGACGGUGAGUAUGAAGUGUCGAUGCAGCAGAUAGAAGACUGUCCCGUCAGUAAGAAAAGAGCCACCUGGGAGACCAUCCUGGACGGAAAGAGGUUGCCUCCGUUUGAAACGUUCUCUCAGGGACCGACUCUACAGUUCACACUACGCUGGACCGGCGACCCCAACGACCCCUCCACGGCUCCCGUAGCUAAACCACUGUCUACGCGCAACUCAGACACCAGCGGCCCCGAAAUCCGCACCCCCGUCCUCAGAUCUGCCCCGGCUGUAGUAAAAGACUCGGUGAACGGCAGCAGCAGUACAGGAGGAGGAGGGGGCGGACCAAGCGGAGGCGGAGUACAGACGAGGAGAGAGCAGACCGUCUCCGAGCCCAGACAGAAACUCCGCAUUUUUUAUCAGUUUCUGUAUAACAAUAACACGCGGCAGCAGACGGAGGCGCGUGACGACCUGCACUGUCCCUGGUGCACACUGAACUGCCAGAAACUCUACAGCCUCCUAAAACACCUCAAACUCUCACACAGCCGCUUCAUCUUCAACUAUGCGCCCCAUUCCAAAGGCGCACAGAUAGACGUGUCCAUAAACGAGUGCUACGACGGCUCGUACGUGGGGAACCCUCAGGACAUCCACAGCCAGCCGGGAUUCGCCUUCAGCCGCAACGGCCCCGUCAAGAGGACCGCCCUCACACACAUCCUCGUCUGCAGGCCCAAGCGCACGAAGCCGAGCCUGUCUGAGUUCCUGGCGUCGGAGGACGGCGAGCCGGAGCAGCAGAGGACGUACAUGAGCGGACACAACCGCCUGUACUUCCACAGCGACAGCUGCAUGCCUCUGCGCCCUCAGGAGAUGGAGGUGGACAGCGAAGACGAAAGAGACCCUGAGUGGCUGAGAGAGAAAACCUCCACGCAAAUCGAGGAGUUCACCGAUGUCAACGAGGGAGAAAAGGAGGUCAUGAAGCUCUGGAACCUCCACGUCAUGAAGAACGGGUUUAUAGCUGAUAACCAGAUGAACCAGGCCAUCAUGCUGUUUGUGGAGAACUGUGGUCCUCACAUCGCACAGAGGAACCUGUGGCGCAACUUCCUCCUUCACCUGGUCAGCAUGCACGAUUUCAACCUGGUCACCACGGCAACCAUCGACCGGGCCAUGACGCGGCUGCGGGAGAUCCAGUCCGAGCUGCCCAAGCAGGAGGGAAGCGCGUGUAACGGCCAUGCCGUCACCUCGGGGUUCUCCCUGCACGGAAAACGCACCAAGAGCGCAGUCACCGACUGAACGCAUGGGGGGGGGAGGGGAAUAUCAACUCCGCUCUGGCUCACAAACAAACAAACAGCUAGAGCGGUUAAUUCUAGAGCUGGAACUAAAGCCAUAGGAUUCGCGCACACACGCACACACAUACUGCUAGGAACCAUCACAGCUUCAAUUAAGGAUGUGUUUAUUUUAUUUAAGAUUUUUUUCUUUCUUUUCUAGAACGAACCCAACAUCGUGAUACAGUUUAGCGCGAGAAUUAUCACAAGGGUUCGAUACAGCAUUUGUGUUUUCUAGAAUUUCUAAAUUUUAGAUUUCACACAUUAUUAUUUGUAAGGUUUUUUUUUUUGUUUGUUUGUUUUUUUUAUGCUGGAAAUGAAAACGGAUCCAGGUUUCUGUACUGACACACACAGCCUCAGAUGAGACCAGCUCACCUUCUUGGAUUUGAGAAUUAAAUUUCUCUUCUUUUUUUGGUUUUCUGUAACUGACCAUAGCUUUAAGAGCUGCUGUUCUCAAACUUAACUAGACUCGGGAGUUUUAAUUGUACGGAGGCCCCCAGAGGUCAUGUGUUAUAAAUAUAACAAACCGAACAAAACAUGCACACUGAUUAAUAAACCGGGCAAGUGGUUUACUGAAACUGAGCGCGCGGAUUAAUAAACUGAGAUGUGUGUUUCUCAGCCCCAGCCCCAUUGUUACCGUUUUUUUUUUUUUAAAUCCCUGGAAUGAAAGAUACAGAGGAUUUCCUUAUUAUAACAUGUGUUGUAUUGCUUUAUUGUUAUUGUUUUCACAGGGGUGGGGCUAAAAAAACGCAUCUUGAUGGGAGAAUUGAAUUCGACAAAACACCGGUAAAACCAAUCAGCGUGCUCGGUUUGUUCUGUUUUUUUUUUUUUUUUUUACCCAUGGCCCCUGGAAGGCUCCGUAUAAUAGCUACGUUUCCUUUUGAAAUUCUCACCAUGACAGAAAAAAAGGUGGAGGAUCGUCUGGAGCACAGAGGGAACCCCUCACUCAGGCAGCUUCUCUUCAGUUCUAUGAAGCUUUUAUUUCUGUUUUUUUAUAAUUCCCUAAAGAAUAAGAUCUUCAGUCUCAGCGCAGCGGGCGGCGCCUUACUUGUGUGUGUGUGUGUGUGCGUGCGGCCUUGACUGACUCCGUUUUAUCUGACUUUUACAAUCGAGUCCUCCGAUCCUGAGCCAGAGCCGAGUUGAUUUUCGAGAUGAAGUCUUAACAAAAUCACAUUUUAGACUCGAAUGUCGGUUUUAAAGACUACAGCAGUGGGGUUUUUGUUUGUUUGUUUCACACAAAACACUGAGACUCUUGUUUUUGUCUGUCUGUUUGUUUGUUUGUUUGUAGUUUGUUUUCUCUAUGCAUUUGUGUCCAGGUUACGUCCUGUCAUUAUGAACUCUAGAAAGGACAAACUGCCUCUUUUGGAUUAAAAAAAAAAUGUUUUUGGUCUUUUACAGUCCAUUAGCACUUCACUUUACUUCUUUAGUGAUGUUUUUUUUUCCUCUCUUGCACACGACCAUGAUGUGUGAAUUGACAUAAACAGUUUUUAUUUUUUGUUGUUUUUGAUUUGGUUUGUUUUAUUACGAGAGAGCGACACUUCGCGUCUUCGGUCUGAGCAUUAUUAGUUAAUUAAUUAAUUAAUUAAUCAGCAAUAUGAUCGGCUCAGCUAAGAGGUUGUAUUUGUUGCCUUUAAUGCCAGUUAAAGGCACACCAGGAACAAAACCAGACUGCUUUUUAGAAAAUGAACAAACGGCUGGACGGAUGAAAAGACUGACGGAUCUUCUCAGCGUCUCCAUUUUUUCCCCCAACAAACAAACGGCCGUACACGAGGAUCGACUGCUUUAAUCAUCUGAUCAGGACAUUCAGUUUGAAUCUGGUAAAUAAGUGUCGUACUUUAUAAAAUGCCAAAGCACUCAGUUUUUCCCCUUCACUCAGUACAGUGUAUAUUUCAAAUUGUAAACGAAUAAAAUUGCAUAGGUUUCCCUGUAAUGUGGAGAAUAUGACAAAUUAAAAAUGUUUUAAAUGGUAACGAA